GUGACGACAUUCAUCUAUAAAUACCCACUUCCUAGAGGACACAAGGCACAAACGAAAGAAGACUUAAGAGUAGUGUGUUGUUAGCAAUAGCAAAGAUGUUUGGGAUCUUCAACAGGGGUCAUAAGAUAAAGGGAACUGUGGUGUUGAUGAGCAAGAAUGUGUUGGACUACAAUGAAAUAGCCUCCACCACUAGAGGCGGUCUCAUGGGCGUCGCCGGAGGAGUCUUUGGCCUGGCCACCGACAUAGCCGGUGGAAUAGUUGAUGCUUCCACUGCCAUCUUCAGCCGUAACAUUUCCCUACAGCUCAUCAGUGCUACCAAAGCUGAUGAGCUUGGAAAUGGGAAACUUGGAAAGCAAACUUUUCUGGAGAAACAUCUUCCUACGUUACCAACUUUGGGAGAUAGGCAAGAUGCAUUCAAUAUUUAUUUUGAAUGGGAUGAGAGUUUUGGAAUUCCAGGAGCUUUUUACAUUAAGAACUUCACGCAAUCUGAGUUUUUCCUUGUGAGUGUCAAGCUUGAAGACAUUCCAAACCAUGGAACCAUUGACUUUGUUUGCAACUCAUGGAUUUACAACGCCAAAAAAUGUUACAAAAGUGAUCGCAUUUUCUUUGCUAACAAGACAUAUCUUCCAGAUGAAACCCCAGCUCCACUAGUCAAGUACAGAAAUGAAGAAUUGGGAAAUCUAAGAGGAGAUGGAAAAGGGAAGCGCAAGGAAUAUGACAGGAUCUAUGAUUACGAAGUUUAUAACGAUUUGGGCAACCCAGACGAGAAUGGUGAUCUAGUUCGUCCUAUUCUUGGAGGAUCUAGUGAGCAUCCAUACCCUCGUAGAGUAAGAACCGGUAGAAAAGCAACAACGAAAGAUCCUAAUAGUGAGAAACCAUCCAGCAAAACUUAUUACAUACCAAGAGAUGAAAAUUUUGGUCACUUGAAGUCAUCAGACUUCCUUACAUAUGGGAUCAAAGCCAUUACUCAAAACGUUUUGCCUCGGUUUCAAUCUGCAUUUGGUUCAAAUGCUGAAUUUGAGUCAUUUGAAGACGUGCGUGGACUCUAUGAAGGUGGACUUUGUCUCCCUACAGACAUAAUCAGCAACAUUAGCUCCAUACCAGCGGUCAAGGAAAUUUUUCGCACGGAUGGCGAGCAAUUCCUCAAGUUUCCACCGCCUCAAGUUAUCAGAGUUAGUAAGUCUGCAUGGAUGACUGAUGAAGAAUUUGGAAGAGAGAUGCUUGCUGGUGUAAAUCCUGGCAUGAUUCAAUGCCUUCAAGAGUUUCCACCUAAGAGCAAACUAGAUGCCACACAAUUUGGUGAUCAAACCAGUACAAUAACCAAAGAGCAAUUGGAGAUCAACCUUGGUGGACUCACCGUGGAACAGGCACUGAAUGAUAAGAGAUUGUUUAUAUUAGAUCACCAUGAUGCAUUCAUGCUGUAUAUGCGUCAGAUAAAUGGCCUCCCCACGGCAAAGUCUUAUGCCACGAGGACAAUCCUUUUCUUGAAAGAUGAUGGGACACUAAAGCCAUUGACCAUUGAACUAAGUUUGCCACAUCCUAGAGGAAACGAGUUUGGUGCCCUUAGUAGAGUCGUCUUGCCCGCAAAUGAAGGUGCUGAAAGCACAAUUUGGCUACUGGCCAAGGCUUAUGUUGUUGUAAAUGACUCGGGCUAUCAUCAACUCAUAAGCCACUGGUUAAAUACUCAUGCCACAAUUGAGCCAUUUGUCAUAGCAACAAACAGGAAUCUCAGUGUGCUCCACCCUAUUUAUAAACUUCUAUUGCCUCACUAUCGUGACACAAUGAAUAUCAAUGCACUUGCACGACAAAAGCUCAUCAAUGCAGGUGGCACUAUUGAGCAAUCAUUUUUGCCUGGGAAAUUCUCAAUGGAGAUGUCUUCAGCAGUUUACAAGAGCUGGGUUUUCACUGAUCAAGCCCUUCCUGCGGAUCUUAUCAAGAGAGGAAUGGCAGUUGUGGAUCCAUCCUCUCCCAAUGGCCUUCGGCUUGUGAUAGAGGACUACCCUUAUGCAGUUGAUGGACUAGAGAUAUGGAGUGCUAUCAAAACAUGGGUUCAAGACUAUGUUUCAGUGUACUAUGUCACAGAUGAUGCAGUUAAGAAAGACUCUGAACUCCAAGCUUGGUGGAAGGAAGCUGUUGAGAAGGGUCACGGUGACUUAAAAGAUAAACCGUGGUGGCCUAAGUUGCAAACUCUUCAAGAGCUGAUUCACACUUGCUCCAUCAUUAUAUGGAUUGCUUCAGCUCUCCAUGCAGCUGUGAAUUUCGGACAGUACCCUUAUGGAGGUUACAUCCUAAACCGUCCAACACUAACCAGAAGGUUGCUCCCAGAAGUAGGAAGCGAAGAGUAUGAAGAGUGUGGUAAGCAUCCACAAAAGGCUUAUUUGAGAACAAUCACGGCAAAGUAUCAGGCCCUUGUGGACCUUUCAGUGAUAGAGAUAUUGUCGAGGCAUGCUUCUGAUGAGGUUUACCUUGGACAGAGGGACAAUAAUUGGACCUCUGAUCCAAGGGCAAUAGAGGCCUUUAAAAAGUUUGGAAAAGUGCUGAAGGAGAUUGAGGCAAAAAUCUCUGAGAGGAACAAGAAUCCAAGGCUCAGAAACCGUAAUGGGCCGGUUCAGAUGCCCUACACUCUGCUUCAUCCUACCAGUAAGGAAGGUUUGACCUGCAGUGGAAUUCCCAACAGCAUCUCUAUCUAAGGAAUGUGACAACGUGUGUGGUUUUCUUUCUUUUCCAACUCUAUCAUAUCACAAAUAAUGUAUGCAAGCAUAUCUAUUAUGCAUAAUUGUUUUAUGUAAGCUUAUGUGUUGUAUUACGUGGAUGCUAUCUGGUUUUCGUAUUUAAUAAGAGUGGUUUCAAUUUAUGCUUA